UCUCAUUGUUUAGUACAAGUCCUGGAAUGCUCGCAUCUCUGAUGUCUGAGAGGACUCAGUACAAGGAAGCAGGGGCUAAAUCAUGGGAUUCCACAGCAGAUACAUCUAAGAUUUAAAAAGCUAAUAGACCAAGAAACAGCCUACCACAAACAAAGAGAACAAGAGAACAAGAAGAAAGUCACCGCACUCAAGGAGGAGCUGACCAAACUGAAAUCAUUUGCCUUGAUGGUUGUGGAUGAACAACAGAGGCUCACUGAACAGCUCAACCUUCAGAGUCAGAAAAUCCAAGACUUGACCACAACUGCUGAGCAAGCACAGGAGAAACUGGCCAUUGCUGAAGCCAAAGCUCAGGAAGAAGAGCACAAGGCAAGCAGGCUAGAAAGGGAACUGCAAAGACAGACCGAGGAGCUCCACGACAGCCAGGAAGCAACAAUGGCCAAACUCACCAAUGAGGACAGCCAAAACCGACAGCUCCGGCUAAAACUAGCAGCACUCAGCCGCCAAAUUGAUGAGCUGGAGGAGACAAAUAGGUCUUUACGAAAAGCGGAAGAAGAAUUACAAGACCUAACAGAAAAGAUCAACAAGGGAGAAGGUGGUAAUUCCAGCAUCCUGGCAGAAGUGGAAGAACUCAGGAAAAGAGUACUAGAAAUGGAAGGCAAAGAUGAAGAGUUCGUAAAGAUGGAGGAGCAGUGCCGAGAUCUCCACCAGAGGCUGGAAAAGGAGACAUCCCAGAGUAAGGACUUUAAACUGGAGGUUGACAAACUCAACAAGAGGAUUAUGGAUUUGGAAAAACUGGAGGAUGCCUUUGGCAAAAGCAAGCAGGAGUGUCACGCUCUGAAAUGCAAUCUAGAAAAAGAAAAGAUGACGACAAAGCAAUUGUCUCAAGAACUGGAUGGUUUAAAAGUGAGACUCAAGGAGUUGGAAACAAUUGAGAGUAAGCUGGAGAAGACAGAAUUCACCCUAAAAGAGGAUUUAACUAAAUUGAAAACACUGACAGUGAUGCUGGUUGAUGAACGGAAAACGAUGAGUGAAAAAAUGAAGCAGACGGAAGACAAGCUACAGGCUGUUACAUCUCAGCUUCAAGUAGAACAAAGCAAAGUGACAUUGGUAACGGAAAAGUUAAUUGAGGAAAACAAAAGAGCACUAAAGUCCAAAACGGAUGUAGAGGAAAAGGUGUAUAACGUGACCAAAGAGAGGGAUGAACUGAAAAUCAAGCUUAAAGCAGAAGAAGAGAAAGGAAAUGAUCUCUUGUCAAAAGUUAACAUUCUGAAAAAGAGACUCCAAUCAUUAGAAGCUAUUGAGAAAGAUUUUCUCAAAAACAAAUCAAAACAGGAGACUGGUAAGUCAACAAUAGUUGUACACCAAGAAAAUAAUAAGAUUAAAGAGCUUUCCCAAGAGGUGGAGCGACUGAAGCAUAAAUUAAAAGACAUGAAAGCUAUUGAAGAUGAUCUCAUGAAAACUGAAGAUGAAUAUGAGUCUCUUGAGAGACGCUAUGCUAAUGAAAGAGACAAGGCUAAAUUUCUAUCGGAGGAACUUGAGGAUGUUAAAAUGGAACUUGCUAGGUACAAGUUAGCAGAAAAGACAGAGUCUAGUCAGGAACAGUGGCUUUUCAAAAGGCUUAAAGAGGAAGAAGCCAAGUCUGGUCACCUCUCAAGGGAGGUAGAUGCAUUAAAGGAGAAAAUUCAUGAAUAUAUGGCAACUGAAGACUUAAUAUGUCACUUACAAGGUGACCAUACAAUUCUACAAAAGAAACUCAAUCAACAAGAAAACAGAAAUAGAGACUUAGGAAGAGAGAUUGAAAACCUCACCAAAGAAUUAGAGAGGUAUCGGCAUUUCAGUAAGAGUCUCCGACCCAGUCUUAAUGGAAGAAGAAUUUCUGACCUUCAAGUAUUUUCUAAAGAAGUCCAAACUGAACCAGCAGACAAUGAACCUCCUGAUUACAAAAGUCUCAUCCCUUUGGAACGAGCUGCAAUUAAUGGGCAGUUAUAUGAGGAAAGUGAUAAUGAGGAUGAAGAACCCAAUGACAAUGAGACAACGGUGUCCUUCAAAUGUAACUCAUCUACUGCACAUCCGGUCAACAGGAAGUUAUGGAUCCCUUGGAUGAAAUCCAAGGAAGGUCAUCCUCAGAAUGGAAAAAUACCAGCCAAACAGAAUGGAAGUUAUGUGCAACCUGGGGAUCUGGUCCUAAGUCACACACCUGGUCAACCUCUUCACAUAAAGGUUACUCCAGACCAUGGGCAAAAUACAGCCACUCUUGAAAUUACAAGUCCUACGACAGAAAGUCCUCACUCUUACACAAGCACUGCAGUGAUACCCAACUGUGGUACCCCAAAGCAAAGAAUAACCAUUAUUCAAAAUGCCUCCAUAACACCAGUGAAGUCAAAAACCUCUACUGAUAGCCCCAUAAACUUAGAGCAAGGCACAGCCCCUAUUACCAUGGCUACCUUUGCCAGAGCACCAACCCCAGAAUCCUGUGGCUCUAUAACUCCCGAAAGGACAAUGUCUCCCAUUCAUGUUUUGGCUGUGACUGGCUCAGCAAGCUCCCCAGAACAGGGACGGUCCCCAGAGCCGGUGGAGAUAGGUGCCAAGCACGCCGUCUUCAGAGUUUCCCCAGAGAGACAGUCAGCGUGGCAGUUUCAAAGGUCAAACAGCAAUGGUUCAAGUGUGAUAACUACUGAGGAUAACAAAAUCCACAUUCACUUAGGAAGCCCUUACAUGCAAGCUGUGGCCAGUCCUGUGAGGCCUGCCAGUCCUUCAACUCCACCACAAGAUAACCGAACUCCAGCCCUAAUUAAUGGAACAUCAGGCAAAGCGACAAAUAAAGUCACCAGCAGUAUUACUAUCACACCAACGACCACGCCCCUCCCUCGACAAUCACAAAUUACAGUAAGUAAUAUAUAUAACUGACCCCUCAUCAUCAUCAUCCACACUGACAUUCUUACAAGGAACUUACUCCCCCUCCCCUUUCUUCUUACCUCUCUCCAAAUUUAAAAAAAAAAAAAAAAAAA